AAGCAAAUGGAACCAAAUCUUGCAUGUGGAAGUCUUGGAAGGGAAUUUUUGUUUAUGUAGUGGUUUGAAACCCCUCAUCCUUCUGUAAAGGGGGGUUUUCAUACAAAUGAACCAGACAUUUCUGCAUAACUCAAAAACUAAUUCGAGAAUUAAUCAAUUUUAGGCGAAACGAAGUUCGUCGGGUUAAAUAAUGAAAUAGCUCUAUGAAUAAACAACAGAGCCUGUUAGAAAACAGAUUUUGUACGACUAUCGGCCACCGUGAGACUUCGCGCACGAUUGAGUCGCAGUUGCAGCUCACAGUCAGUCACAGCAGUUCGCCACAAAGUCUAUGUGAAGCGCUCCACUGAAUCGGAAAAUGAGAUGUGAAUAGUGGGAUAGUGGAAUAAUUUAACUAAGAAUUGAUGACUCCUGCCUUAAUAGUGAAAGAUGAGUGGACUGAUAUGGCCUUCAGUCAACCGGAAGAUCAUAAACUCAAACAAGAUGUCAAUAACUAUUGGUAUACUUUGGGUUGCCUCAUUGGAAUCGUCCUGAUGUCGUUUGCUUUGAUCAUCCACUUGAUGGUACCGAAUUUCCGAAAUGUUCGUGGUUACAAGAUAUGUUUUCUACUUUUGGGAAUGGAAUCAAUCUACUUCGCCCAUUUGGCCAUGAAUACACAAACGACACUAAUCUCAUGCCAGGCUCAAGGAUACUUCUACGCAUAUGCGGUCAUAUUCAGCGUGUUUUGGUUGAACGUACUGUGCUUCGAUUGCUUUGCAUUGUACCGCACUAGGGCAGGAAACAGUGCCGAGAAGAAUCGCUUUACGUACGCUUGCCUCUACGGUUGGGGUGGACCGGCGGUGCUAGCUCUGUUCAGUUUGUUCAUGGAACGAGUGACGGCUGUUGACAGGAGCUUCAAACCGAAUUUCAGCACGUGGGCUUGUCAUUAUGAAAGCAACAAAACCGUCGAAUUUUUGUACUACUUUCUUCCACUGCUGAUGCUGAUGAUCUCGGGACUAGUGUUUCUAAUGACGAGCGUCUUCAGAGCGAGAGUGCUUCGCUUAGUCCCGAGAAACGUGGUUCGAUUCGACCGAAGCAAGGACCAUAAGAGACUAUUGUUCACUUUACGACUUUUCGUGGCCGUGGCAGUUGCAUACGCGCUGGACAUUUCAUCGUGGCUCUGGAAUGGCAUACAAUGGAUCCAAUGGGUUUCCAGUUUUUACAUGUACGUGUUAGCCAUCAUGAUAUUUUUACUGUGUAUGUGUAAUUCACACGUUGAACAAUGGUUCGCUGAAGCAUGCUGCUAAUAGAACAUCCACAAUACACAACAUAUUGCUGAAACCUCAUUUCACGUAGUGUGAAAAACUAGUUGUAAGUUAGAAAUCGCAUUAAAGAAGUGAAAAAUUGUAUACCUAUUUCAGGAGCCUUUCUCGUAAAAAAUCUAACUCUGAAAUAAAGUACGAAAAUUGUUUGAACAUUCAAAAAUGAAAU